UAGGAAGUUUGUUUCUGAACAGGCAGUGGACCUCUGCGAUUCUUGUGGUUAUUCGUUUUUUAAAACAUUCAGAAAGUGAAAGUAAAGUUUAGGUCGCUGGAGCUCAAACGGUGAAAAUGGCCUCAUCAGCUGAAUAUGAAAGAAAUGAGAGAUAUUCAUCAGGAUCUGAGGAGAUCUGCAAUAUACACAGUGAGAAAGUAAGACUCUUCUGUCUGGAGGACAAACAGCUUGCGUGUUUAGUGUGCAGAGAUUCAGAACAACACGACAAUCAUAGAUUCAGACCAAUAAGUGAAGCGGUUCCAUUAUGUAAGGAGGAGCUCAAUACAGCACUGAAUUCCUUACAAGAAAUAAUAAGAAACAAUGAAGAAAUGAAACAAAGGUUUGAGGAAACUGUUCAAUACAUCGAGUCUCAAGCUGAGCGCACAGAGUGUCAGAUUAAACAGCAGUUUGAGAAGAUUCAUCAGUUUCUCAGAGAUGAAGAAGAAGCUACAAUCACUGCACUGAGAGAGGAAGAGGAGCAGAAGAAGCAGAUGAUGAAGGAGAAGCUGGAGGAGAUGAACAGACACAUCUCAGCUCUUUCACACACAAUCAAAGAAACAGAGGAGAUGAUGAAAGCCAGUGACGUCUGCUUUCUGAAGGAGUUUCCAGUCACGAUGGAAAGAGUCCAGAUCUCACAGCCGGAUCCACAGAUUCCUUCUGGAGCUUUGAUUCAUGUGUCACGGUACUUGGGCAACCUGCCCUUCAGAGUCUGGAAGAAGAUGCGGAAUGUCAGAAUUGUCAAACACACUCCUGUGAUUCUGGAUCCAAACACUGCAGAUCCACGUCUCGCCUUGAAUGAUAAUCUGACCAGUGUGAAAGACGGCGGGAGCAAACAACCGCUUCCUGAUAAUCCAGAGAGAUUUGAUUAUCAUUACUCUGUUCUGGGUUCAGAGGGUUUUAACUCAGGAACACACUGCUGGGAUGUGGAGGUUAAAGAGAGUAUAGGCUGGAGUCUUGGAGUAACUAAAGCAUCAAACCCGAGGAAGCGAGGUGUUUUCUCAAAGACUGAUGUCUGGUGUGUGCGGUACGGACUGGGUUGGUCUGGUUUUCGUGUUGAACAGAAGCUUGACCGUGUGAGAGUUGAUCUGGACUAUGACAGAGGAACGGUGUCAUUCUCUGAUCCUGUAACUAACACACAUCUACACACAUUCACAACCACCUUCACUGACACUGUCUUUCCUUUCUUCUGUUGUUGUAUUUCUUCCGCUCUGACGAUCUUAUCGAACAGUAGACGGUAAACGUUACUCCUGUAGGUCUGGAUCUUCCUGCUGUUAUUGUUUCCAAUAUUUAAUCCAUAUUAUUUUUUUUAUUUUUUUUGUGAGGACAGAGAAAUGGUGACAUUGCUGAGAAGAAGAGAGAAAAAUGGUGAGGUUGUUAAACAGAAAAAAGUAAAAAAUAAAGAAAUAAAAUAAAUAAAUAGAGGGAGAGAGAUAGAAGAGAUAGCGAUAGCUUGUGCCGAAGUGAAUCCAGUUUUGUGUGUGUUUGAUCCACCCGAACUAUUCAGCCAUUCAUUCAAAGCCCCAGCGGAGUAAUCAGAUCAAAUAAAAUAAAUAAAUAAACAAAUAAAUGGAUCAAGUAGGGGAAACAGAUACAGGAAUUAAAUAAAUGAAAGGGAGGGGUAGAAAGAACAUAGAUAUAUAGAUUGCAUAUAUAGAAAUGCUAUUAUAAUAGUAGACAGGAUAAUAAAGCUAUACAUUAAUAUGGUUAAUCAAUACCUGUGUACACACACAUACAUACAAAU